CAUUCAACCGCAUGGUGAAAUAAAAUAGUGUGCUCACAUUCAAAGAACGUGGCGUGACACAGUGAUGACUGUUCACUCACCACAUUAUAAAUACCUUAGUAUCUAUGAAACGUUUACCCGGUGCAGACUGCAACUAAACUUUUAACUGUAAAUCAGACAUUUGUACAUAGUGCUCCAAAGUGUAACGGGACGGCAAACGAAAAUAUUAACAAAAAUAAUUAUUUAAAUAAUUUCCUUAUUCCAUAUUUUAAAAAAAAAAUAAAUCAGUUGUUAUUUUCAAUAACCUGUUUUAGUAAAAUACAAAAAAAAAAAAGUCGUACAAUUAACAAGGUCAAGUUCACGAACAGGUUUUCGAAAAUUACUUACAACACACUGUCAGGCGAUUUAUCAAAGUAGAUAAUAUGGCUACGAUACAGCCAGUUACCAAUGGGAUUCUAAAUGGCUUCACGAAAAAAGAAAAGAUAAUAACCAUGGAUAAUGUUCAGUAUCUCAGAGCGAGCGAAACAGGACUCGAUGGUCCCGAUCAAGUUUUAUAUUCAGAGGUGGAUACGACAACUGCAGCUAAUGGACGAAUAAGAAUAAAAGUGGAAAAAAAUAAUGUAAUUGAAUCAAUCUCAGUUCCUGGACUUUUAAAAAAAAUAGCUAAAAAUUAUCCUGAAAAUAUUGCUCUUGUAUCGAGACCUGAACCAAGUGGCAAAAGAAUUAGUUACACAUACAAGGAAUAUGAAACGCAAGUGAGAUUAGUGGCCAAAGCAUUUAUAAAAUUGGGUUUGGAACGACAUCAUAGCGUUUGUAUUUUAGGAUUUAAUAGUCCACAAUGGUUUAUAGCAGAUGUGGCUGCAAUUUAUGCAGGAGGAUUUGCUGCAGGAAUUUACACAACAAAUUCACCUGAAGCAUGUCAAUAUUGUGCCGAGAGUAGUCGUGCAAAUAUAAUAGUAGUAGAAGAUGCUAAACAAUUGGAAAAAAUUUUAGAAAUUAAAAAAAAUCUUCCUCAUUUAAAAGCAAUUAUUCAAUACGAGGGAAUAGUCAAAGACAAGAGUGUAUUAAGUUGGCACGAUGUCGUCGAAAUGGGAAAGAAGGAAUCUGACGAUAAAUUGGAAUCAAUUCUUAGAACAAUGGGAGUUAAUGAAUGUUGCACUUUAGUUUAUACGUCAGGAACAGUUGGAAAUCCAAAGGCUGUAAUGUUGAGUCACGAUAAUAUUUUAUAUGACGCACGAGUGAUUAUUGACUCUAUUGGAGUUAAAAAUGGCAGCGAAGUUGUAGUGAGCUUUCUACCUUUGUCUCAUGUUGCUGCGCAGUUGGUUGAUAUAUUUGCGACAAUGAUGAUUGGUGCCACGGUUUAUUUUGCUGAUAAAAAUGCCCUAAAAGGUAGUUUAGUUAAUACAUUGGUGGAAGCAAGGCCUACAAUUUUUCUUGGUGUACCAAGAGUAUGGGAGAAGAUUUAUGAAAAAAUGCAAUUGGUUGCACGCAAUAAUGGUCCAAUAAAAAGUUGGAUUGCAAGUUGGGCAAAAGCUCAAGGACUUUUUUAUAAUAUGAAUAAAAUGAAUGGUAUUGAUUAUCGACAUUGGGGAUAUUUAUUUGCCAAAUGGCUUGUUUUUAAUAAGGUGAAGGGAGCAUUGGGCUUUGAUAGAUGUAAUCUUUUUGUCACCGCCGCCGCACCACUUGGUAUUGAAAUCAAAAAAUAUUUUAUGAGCCUCGAUAUUCCCAUUCUAGAAGCGUACGGUAUGUCCGAAUGUAGCGGUGCUCAUGCCUUAAGCCUCAACGAUCGUUACAGAUUGGGAAGUGUUGGUCCUACUCUUAAGACAUUAAAUUCAAAAUUAGACAAUUUAGAUAAUACAGGUGAAGGAGAAAUUUGCAUGGGUGGUCGUCAUGUUUUUAUGGGGUACUUAAAUGAGCCUGAAAAGACACGUGAAGCCAAGGAUGAUAAAGGAUGGCUACAUAGUGGCGAUUUAGGUAGAAUAGAUGGCGAUGGAUAUCUCUAUGUCACGGGGAGAAUUAAGGAACUUAUAAUUACUGCCGGUGGUGAGAAUGUGCCUCCAAUUCACAUUGAACAUUUAGUGCUAGCAGAAUUGCCAGCGUUGAGUAAUGCAAUGUUAAUUGGUGAUAGAAGAAAAUUCCUAACAAUUCUAGUCACUUUAAAGACUGAAAUGAAUAUUGAUACGGGUGAACCUUUAGACACAUUGUUGCCUGAUACAAAAACGUGGCUUAAAUCAAUUGGAAGCAAAGCAACGACACUUUCAAAUAUAAUAGAAACUCGUGAUCCAUUGGUGUAUAAAGAAAUAGAAAAAGCUAUCGAAAGGGCAAAUGAAAAAUCGAUAAGCAAUGCACAGAAGGUGCAAAAAUUCCAAUUAUUACCACAUGACUUUUCCGUUCCCACUGGUGAAUUAGGUCCAACGUUAAAAGUAAGACGAAAUAUAGUUCAAAAAAUUUAUUCAAAUUUAAUAGAAGAAAUGUAUAAGUAAAUUCAACUUUUUCUUUUAAAUUUAAAACACGAUAAGUUGAUAAAUCAAAUUAGAUACGAAAAAUAUGCCGGGUUCCAUAUAAUUUUAUUUUCAAUUUCAAUUAACAAGAAUUGUAUCUUUUUUUUUUUUGUUUUUAUUUACUUUAAUUUAAAAUCACAUUUGUGAUUUCAAAUAAAUUUUUUUUGAAAAGACAAGGCUCUAGUCUAGGCUUUGAAAUAUAUAUAAAUAUGAAAUGCAAUUUUAUAAAUGUACGUAUGAAUCAAUACGCCAAUAUUAGUUUUUACACAAAAUCGAGGAACAUUUUUCUUUAUUAUUAUUAUUUUUUUUUUUAAAUUAAUAUUUAUAAUUGAAAUUAAAAAUUUAUUUAAUAUUUUGAGAUUUAUUUUAUCAAAUGAUUAUGUAUAAUUAUUUUAAAUUUAUUAUUUGGAAAUUUGUACGAGACUUCAUUAUCUCGAAUACUCAUGAUGAUGAUCGAUGUUUCUCUAUAUAAAAUAUAAUAAUCGUUAAAAAAAAGACCUUGUUAUAAAAUUGUAAAUAAUUUCCACGGAAAAAUUCUUUUGUGUUAAAAAAGAAUUUUUCUGAAACAAGGUUCUUUUUUUUCAUUUAAUCGUCGAUGAAAAAGCAACUGAACGAUAAUGUGCUUUUGAAAAAGUCCAGUCUAAUCUUAAAAAAAAAAAAUAACAUAACAUAACGUGCCUUGUUGCUGAAAGAAGGGGUGGGUUAAAAAUCAAUUUUUCAUUGACGAGAGUCAAAAACUCAAAAAAUCAUGCAGUAUUUGAAGUUAUAAAAAAAAAAUUGCACAAUUUUUUCUGGAUGAAUUUAAAAAAAAAAAUGGCGUAUAAAUAAAUUCAAGGUUGAGGAUUGUUUAUUUAUUCUUUAAAAUGAAAACUGUGAUCGACGAACAAUUUAAAUUAGAAGUUUUUGCAAUAUAUAUGUAAUAUUAUAUAUUAUAUAUAUGUAUUUGCGAAUUUGUACUUAAAAAAUUUCGUUUGUACAAAAAAGCAAUUAGAGAUGAAAAAAAAGAGCAAAAAUUUUACGAAAAGUUUUGUUUCUAUUUAAAAGCUUUUAUGUAAUAGUUAAGGAUAAUUCUAAAUACUUUUUUAUACUCAAUGCAAUUCCAAAAAGAAUUGCAUUUUUAUAUAGAAAAUGAAAAAUUGCUUAUAAGAACAAUUCGUAAUUAAUAUUUAAGGGUCCAAUUAACGGAUUUUACUGUCGUCGACCACACAUAUCAUUAUUGAAGGAUACUAUUUAGACAAAAUAAAAUUUAAAAAAACUCCGCGAAAUAGUUGAUUUUUUUUUCUUUAACGACAGCGAAUAUGGUAUUAACCACUUUUAUUGUAGUAAAAAUGUCAAAAUUAAAAUAGUCAAUAAAUGGUGACAGGCCAAUCAGUGUACUUUUAUUUUAUGGAGCAGCAUUUUGAAAUUUUAAUCGAAAUCUGUUUUUUUUUUUUUUUUUUUAAAAUAAAAAACAAUGUUUGAAUGACAAUAAUUGAGUAUAAGCCGCAAUCAAAAUGUAAUCUCGAUAGCUAUUUAAGAAAAAUUGGUAAUGCUCCAUUGCAAAUAAUAAUGUACAUAUGUAAUAUUCAUAAUUAAAUUUUCUUGUUAA